GUAGUGUCUCCGGUUAUUGCAAGGAAGCGUCAUUUUAAAAAAGGACCAACUCACUGGAUCUUCAUUGAAGUAGACAUAUGUUAAUCCAGUAAGAUACGGUAAUAGGGAGAUUUAAAAAGAAUUUUUGCUUUCACAGAUGGACAACACAACUAGGAAACGAUAGCUUAAGUUAGUCACUGUUGGAACUUUUAGAUUGAAAAAACGAGAUAUCUUUUCGAGAGAACCAGAGACAGAAUUAACGAUACAUUUGUAUGAAGGAUCUUGUUGGUCCUUGUAUUUUCAAAAUAUUUCGAGGAUUCUUUCCAUAGAACACGGAAUCAUCAGGCAAACAGACCAACCUCGGGCAGUUAGAGUCUAAGACUGCCUGCCAGGUUGAGGAGAUUUGGGGUUCCCUGCCGACCCCCACGUUCCUCCGAUGAACCCCAUCAACUCCAUGAAACCUGCCCUGCCUCCAACGCCACACAGUGACGGCUCUUACCCAUAUGAUCCUGUCCCCUGGCAGCAAGGACCCAAUCAGCCUGCAGGUUCCCUCUCCGUGGUAACCACAGUGUGGGGGGUGACCAAUCCUUCGCCCAGCCAGGUUUUUGGCGCUCCCAUGGGUCCAGGCGGAAACUCUGCCGGUGGUCACAUGAUGCCUGGAAACAGCCCUGGCAUGAAUUCCCCUCAGUUUAUGGGCCAGCAGGGCUAUCCUGAGCCCAACAAGGCCUACAUGCAGCAGGGGAUGUAUGCCCGGCCCAGCGGGGGCUACCCGGCAGGGCCUGGCUACGGGGGCAGCUACCCCAAUAAUGGUGGGGGUUCCCUGGGGAUGCCGCCUCACGGGGUCCGUCCCCCCACGGACUUUACCCAGGCUGCCGCCGCGGCAGCAGUGGCCGCUGCGGCCGCCACGGCAACCGCCACUGCCACAGCAACUGUUGCUGCGAUACAGGAGAAACAAAACCAGGAGCUGAACUAUGGACCAGUAACCCCCACUCUCCAGAUGGGUGGUGCUUCCUCUUACAACGCCCAGUUCCUGUCUCACUCUGGGCCGAGGGGCCCCCCCGGAAUGGCCCCCUCUGGCAUGGUCGGCUCCCGGCCGCCCUCGAUGGGACACAUGUACGCUGCCCAGGGACAGCGGCUGCCCCAGCACCCUGGCUACCCAGGAGGGCAGCAAGGCCCACCCCGGCUCCAGCAGGGCCUGAAACGCCCGUACAACUCUGAUGGCUUUCCUGGUCAGCAGUAUGGUCCAGGUAUGGGGGGAGCAGGGCCAUACCCCGGGCAGCCCAUGCAGUACCACGGGCCUGGACCUCAACGCUCGGCCCCGUCACCCUCUUACCCAUCCCACAGGCUGCCUAUGCAGCAGAGCAGCAUGGGCCAGUAUCCUGCAGGACCAGGAAACCCAGGACAGUAUUACAAGGCGGAUCAGUUUAAUGGGCAGGGGAGCACCCACAAUAGCAUGGCCUCGGGAGUGACUGGAGGUGGAGGGUACAAUACCUUCAGCCAGGCCGCAGUCAAUGGGACCGGAAGGGCGAUGCCUGGGUACCCAAGCUCUCCACUUCCAGGGAACCCCACUCCACCCAUGACCCCUGGCAGCUCAAUGCCCCCUUACAUGUCUCCUGGUCAGGACGUCAAGUCUCCCUUUCUCCCCGAUGUGAAGCCCAACAUCAACUCCCUGCAGCCCCCCACAGGGAACCCUAGCGACGACCUUCGUCUGACCUUCCCAGUGCGGGACGGCGUGGUACUGGAGCCUUUCCGCCUGGAGCACAACCUAGCUGUCAGCAACCAUGUCUUCCAGCUGCGUGACUCUGUAUACAAGACUCUAAUGAUGAGGCCAGAUUUGGAGCUGCAGUUUAAGUGUUACCAUCACGAGGACAGACAGAUGAACACAAACUGGCCAGCGUCAGUGCAGGUGAGCGUCAACGCCACGCCCCUCACCAUCGAACGCGGGGACAACAAGACGUCCCACAAGCCUCUUUACCUGAAGCAGGUGUGUCAGCCAGGACGCAACACCAUCCAGAUCACCGUCACGGCCUGCUGCUGCUCUCACCUGUUUGUGCUGCAGCUGGUCCACAGGCCCUCUGUGCGCUCUGUCCUUCAGGGCCUGAUGAAGAAGAGACUCUUGCCUGCGGAGCACUGUGUCACUAAGAUCAAGAGGAACUUCAGCAGCGGGACCAUCCCGGGAACUCCCGGCCUGAACGGCGAAGACGGCGUGGAGCAGACAGCCAUCAAAGUGUCCCUGAAGUGUCCAAUCACCUUCCGCCGUAUCCAGCUCCCCGCCCGCGGCCACGACUGCAGACACAUACAGUGCUUUGACUUGGAAUCUUACCUGCAGCUCAACUGUGAGAGGGGAACCUGGCGUUGUCCAGUGUGCAAUAAAACCGCUUUGUUGGAGGGGCUAGAAGUGGACCAGUACAUGCUGGGCAUUCUCAUCUAUAUCCAGAACUCGGACUAUGAGGAAAUCACCAUUGACCCAGUAUGCAGCUGGAAACCAGUUCCUGUGAAACCAGACCUGCAUAUUAAAGAGGACCCUGACGGCCCCGCCCUGAAACGCUGUCGCACCCUGAGUCCCAGUCACAUGAUUCUGCCCAGCGUCAUGGAGAUGAUUGCCGCACUGGGGCCGGCCUCGUCGCCCUACCAGUCUGUGCCACAGGGUGGCAGUAGCAGCACACCAGACUAUCCCAGCCAAGCUGGUUCAGGAUACUCUAACCAGCCAAGCUUCCCAGACUUCCCUAAUGCCCCCGGUACCCCGACCAUGGGCGAGUUUUCCUCCGGCCCGCCGCCCCUCACCUACCAGUCCGACCUUCCGAGCGGACUGCUGACUCCUGAGAAACCGGUCGGACACCCGAUGUCAGGGCAGAUGCCCCAUACUGGCCGUAUGGACUCCUCCCAUACUGUUCUUCAGCAACAACAACAACAGCAACAACAACAACAACAGCAACAGCAACAACAACAGCAGCAGCAGCAGCAGCAGGGUCUGCAUGGCGGUUCUAAUCUGGGACCUGGCGCACCCAUGCACUCACGCAACCCCUCUCAGAACCCCAGGCUGCAUGCCGAGAACUUCGGGCUCGGGGGCCCGACGGGACCAGGAGACGUGGCCGAGCCGGCUCUCGAUCUGCUCCCUGAACUGACAAACCCAGACGAGCUGCUGUCCUACCUGGGCCCGCCGGACCUCCCAAACAACAGCAACGACGACCUGCUCUCUCUGUUCGAGAGCAACUGAGCGACGACCCAGUACAGCAGCCCCCUCUCCAUCAUUCCUGCACCCCUGUCCUCAAAGAGACUCUUUACCCAGCAUUCAUUGAGUGAAGUGUAGCGUGCAGGG